ACCAAGUUUAUUUAACUACCUCUUGUGCGUAAUUACCACCAUUCACCAGUCCUUCUACAAUUACACACGAGCUUAUCACUUCCUUCUAUUCCAUCUAAUCAGGAAUACAUUGCUAACCCUAUAUAGCCCAGAAACCUAUCCGCAACCAGAGGUCACCUUUGCUGUUACGCUAUGCCGAAGUCUAAGUCCUCUAAGUCUCGCACAACAACGACUAAGAGUGAUGUUUCUAACGUGAAAGCUGUUACUUUGGCCAGACUAAACAAAGAGAUGUUACAAAUUACUAUUGAGCCGCCCAAAAACUGCACCGCUUCAUUCAUCAAUGAUAAUUUAAUGGAGUGGCGGGCGACAAUUGUGGGCCCGGAUGGCACACCCUACGAAGGCGGCGUCUUCAUUUUAAAGCUCAGCUUCAGUGACAGGCACCCGUUCGUGCCCCCUAAGGUUACGUUCAUGACCAGGAUUUUCCACUGCAACAUCUCGGCCAAAGGAGAAAUUUGCCUGGACAUACUGAAGGACAAGUGGAAUCCUUUCCUCACGGUGUCCAAGAUUUUGCUAUCUAUCGGAGUUUUACUGGAAUGUCCGAAUCCAGACGAUCCUUUGGAACCUGAGAUUGCGCAUCUGUGGCGAACCAAUCGCGAACUCCAUGAUGCGCAGGCAGUGGCGUGGACUGAACAGCAUGCGAAGUGAGACCAGAAGCUCUAUCUACUGCGUGCCAUAUGCAGGCAUGGUCGUACGCAUGUGCGGCGAUCCUUGUGGUUAUUCGUUGAGCGUGUGAAAUCGAGUUGUUUAUUAAAUGAAAAUCAAACUGCAACCUAUCUGCUUUCAGAGACAACCUAAAAUCACUUCUUCUUCAACAUUGAAGCGAAUAGACUUUGGUGGCUUCACGCCUCUACCAUAGCUCAAUAAAGUACAUGUUCUCGCAUAAG